CCUAGAACGUCUCCAAAAAAUAAAAAUAAAAGGUAACGUCGAGCUAAGCCUUUUCAUGCUUCUGCCUCAUUCUAUUAGUCUCUCAUAUGUACGUGAGUCAUAACCACUGUAUAGAAAUUACUGGCCCGAAUUCAGAGUUAAACCCAAUGGUUUUGUUGAAGUCGAACUCUAAUAAUAAGUUGCAGUGCUUCGGAUCUCUGCUGGAUUGAAAGACUUUGUUUUAAAGACACUCACACAAUGUGCCAGCAACACUUAGGGGAAGUUGAACCAACCUCCAUACUUGGAGUGCCAGCAGCGCAGAAUCAAAAUGAAUCGGAUUCUGCUUUGGAGCCCUUCCCUUGGGAUGCUGGGGUAUUCGACGCCCACUGCCACCCAACUGACACAAUGGCAUCAAUAGCAAGUAUUCCGAGCAUGAAGGCACGUGCUCUCACCGUCAUGUCCACACGGGCUCAGGAUCAAGAUCUCGUGUCAGACGUAGCCCAACAGCAAGGCUUAAGUAAUCGGGAUAUUGAUAUCUCAUCAAGUUCAUCUACCAAUGGCCGAGUAAUUCCCUGUUUUGGUUGGCAUCCAUGGUUUUCCUACCAAAUCUACGACGAUCAAAGCCCGACACUUUCUGGAACGGCACCUGACAAAAUAUCACAUUAUGAUGCCGUACUCACCCCGUCACCUUCGUCAAAAGAUAAAUCAUUCAGCGAGGGCCUACCAGAUCCGCGACCCCUUUCCGAAUUUCUUAGUGAAACUAGGUCUCGGCUGGAAAAGCACCCCUUAUCUCUUAUCGGUGAGGUUGGCUUAGACAAAGCAUUUCGGCUUCCUCAAAGCUGGACCUCGGGUUAUGAAGCUCAACGCGAUAAUGAGCUUACCCCCGGUGGUCGGGAGGGGAGACUAUUAAGCCCCCAUCGAGUACAAGUAGGCCACCAGGCUGCAAUCCUCGAGGCUCAGCUGCGUCUCGCGGGCGAAAUGGGUCGUGCUGUCAGUGUCCAUGGGGUACAAGCCCAUGGUGUUUUAUUUGACACAAUAGCCAAGUUAUGGAAAGGUCACGAGAAAGCAGUUCAGUCGAGAAGACAACAGAAACGAGUUGCAGAAGGGGCAGAGGAUUUCUCAAGUUCUUCCGAGGACGAAGAACCUAGCACUGGAAGGAAAGCAAAGAAGACCGGCGCAAAGCCGGAGCCGAAGCCAUACCCACCACGGAUCUGCUUACACUCUUUCAGUGGUCCUGCUGAGGUUAUCAAACAGUAUAUUCACCCUUCGGUACCAGCCAAGGUAUAUUUUUCCUUCUCAACCGUAAUAAAUUGGAGCACAGGAGGUGGAGACAAGGCCGAGGAGGCAAUCCGUGCUUUACCAGUUGAUCGAAUACUAGUUGAGAGCGACCUGCACACGGCCGGGGAGCAGAUGGACCAGUACCUAGAGGAAGUAUGUAGAAGAAUAUGUGCGAUCAAGGGAUGGGGCUUGCGGGAAGGGGUCGAACAGCUUGGUAGGAAUUGGCAGGAAUUUAUAUUCGGAUAAGCUCUAGAUACUUAGGUACCUGCUUAUUGAAUUUUCAAGUGCUAGAUCUUGACUCAAAGGUCAAGCCCAAUGGGAUAUAGUUAUCGCAGUCACUCGAAUAAGGGUCGGUAAAUAUUUUGGGUAAUAGUGUGCGAGUUGGUGAAGGUGUGGAUGGAUGGAUGGAUGGUAGGAUGGGCUUGAAUGGUUGGUGGUUUAAAAGAUUAAAAUUGGGAAAAACAAGGAUAAAAGUGGAACAUAACCACAUGUACCUCUGUAUCAACAUUGAAGGUUGACUUCGAACAGGGGUUCAACGUUUUUAGAGUAUUGCACAUGUAGGUAUGCAAGAUUCAUGAAGUCGAACGGAAAUUGCUUUUGACGUUAUACGCAUAUCUUUACAU